GUUCAAGAGCUCUGAUGCAAUGCAGAAAAUUGACAAGGUAUCAUCCAAGACAAUGGUCCUCAUUGUCAAGGAUAUUCCACGUGUAUCGGAGUGCAACUGUGACAAGCUGCAGCUCAAUCUUAAAGCCUCACAGACCUCCAGUGCUACGUAGUAACAAUACGCACUGCCACUAAACCACAACGAACAUUACAAGACAGCAUUAGGAAUAAUGCCUACUCUCCGGCCCCCUCUCUCGCCCGAGCAUCGCCCCGUCUCCUAUUACCGAAGAUAGGAGAUCAACUAGUUCAGCUGAGGGGCGAGUAGUUCGUUUAAUAACAAGACGAUCUUCCUCGUCCGUGAACUGUAGAUCGUUGCCUUUCUUCUUGUUUUGAUAGAGCAUAUCAUCUUUGUUCUAUCAUCGAGGGUAUCCUUUCUCGUCUUGCCAUUCUUUUGAGAUAUACGUUACAGUUACAACCAUGAAGCUUGGUGUGUUGGCUACUGGUGCCGCCUAUGGCACCACAAUGCUUCCUUCUAGCCCUCAGCAGUGUUGCACUGCUCUGCUGAAGGAGGCUGGUCUCUCCGAUCUUGUCGUCACAAAGAACCAGUCACUUUACAAUGAACGAAUCGACUCCUACUGGUCGGUCAGUGCUGCCUUACAUCCUGACUGCAUGGUAUUGCCCAAGACGCCCGAUGAUGUCUCAAAGGUCAUGAAGGUCAUCACCAAGAACCAAUGCAAGUUCGGUAUUCGCGGUGGCGGCCAUGGCAACUUUAAAUUAUCCAACUCUGUUGAGGAGGGUAUUACAAUCGACUUCGGUUUCAUGAAUGGGACAUCGUAUGACGAAGAAAAGAACGUCGUGAGUGUGGGACCUGGUGGUCAUUGGCAAGAUGUCUACGACACUCUUAUCCCAUAUGGUCUUGCCGUCGCUGGUGGUCGUGCCGGAACUGUCGGUGUUGGUGGUUUCGUAACAGGUGGAGGAAAUUCCUUCUACUCUGCGUCUCAUGGAAUGGCUUGCGAUACAGUGGCGGGUUGGCAGCUCGUCCUCGCCAAUGGUGAGAUCGUUAAUGCUAAUGCUGAAGAGAAUGCCGAUCUCUGGCAGGCCAUGAAAGGUGGCUCUGGAAACUUGGGUCUGAUCACAAGAAUAGACAUGUACCCCAUUGAGUUUGUCGACCGCAGCAACCCUUCCAUCUGGGGCGGUAACCUUCUCUACAAGCCUGAGUCAGGCCCUGCAGUCAUCGAUGCACUCAUUGAUUUCACCGCCAACGUGCCCAAGGACGAAAACUCCAGCAGCAUCGUUUACUGGGCCUAUCUUCCCGCCUUAGCUGGUGGCACUAUUCUCAACGCGGCUAUAGAGAACACCAAGGGUGUGGUCAAGCCCCCUGCUUUCGACAGCUUCUAUGCCAUCCCUGAUAUUCAGGGUGACACUACUGUCACUGAAAAGCUUAGUAAGGUCACCAAGGAUCUCGGUUCAGGCCAGCCUCCUCACUUCCGCAAUGUCUGGUUCACAAGCUCCUUCAAGCCAAAUGCUGAACUCCUGAACUAUGUCGUUGAGAAGUACGACGAACUCAACCAGGCCCUCGAAGCUCUCAUGCCCAGUGCCGAGUCAGAGCUCAACACACUCUGCAUGUUCCAACCCAUCACUAAGUCCAUCGCCGAGAAGGGUGUUAAGAAUGGCGGCAAUGUCAUGGGUCUAGACAAGUAUACAGAGGACGGAGAUGGUAUCAUGUUCCUCCUCACCUGGGCUGCCAAGGGUGAGGCAAGCGAGGAGGCUGCUUUCCCUCUCCUCAAGGCUUAUAUGGACGACAUCGAGACUAAGGCAAAGGAGAUGGACGCUUGGUGGGCUUGGAAGUUUAUCAACUAUGCUCAUCUCACACAAGAUCCUCUGGCGACUGUUGGAGAUGAGGCUCUUGCUAAGCUUCGUGCUGCCAGCAAGAAGUACGAUCCUCAGGGUGUCUUCCAGAAGCUCCGAUCUUCUGGUGUCAAGAUUCCUUUUUAAUCGGAAUACUAUAUAGAUAAGCAUUAGAGGAAUUAUAGACUGUAUGAAUAUUUGAAUCGUAUAGAUCUCUAGUCAAGUGUGUGAAGAC